UCACAGCUAAACAUGAUUUCAGGCAGUCGCUUACCGGCCGUCGGAGGAGCUGCAUCGCUGCCGGCCGCCGUUCCCGCGUCCGAAACAUCGCACCGGUCCGGCUUGUUUGUAUAGGGAUGUUUGUUCCUAGAUAGUGCGCCCCACAAACCCUGAAUGGAAGGAUUCCUUGUGUUGUGAGACUAAGUGUGGACGACUCGGAGUUCAUUGUGAAAGUGUUGUGUCAUUGAUGGUCAGUUACGAUGUUGCAAUACUCACGUUAUAAUUGAGACUGAACCAAUCAAUGACAGUUCUUUGAUUCUUAUUGAACAUAAAAUAAAAGUGGACGGAGGAAACAUUUGCGAACGAAAUAACGCAAACGUUGGAGGAAUUUGCAAAAAAUACAAGGAAUAAUUUUGACAUAUUUGACACCCCGGCUCUCUGGAGAGAAACUUAAUGCUCGAUGCCGUGGCAUUUCGGGAUACAUCGUUAAAAGAUAACUUGAAAGAAAACUGCGUAUGGCCGAAAGAUACAACAGGAGUCCAAUUAAAGCGUCGUCGUACGCUGUUUGGACAUAUCAAAAUGGUUUCAAUAGAAACGACAAAUAUAAGCAAGCUCGUGACUUGAAUGCUGACAGUGAAAGAGAAAAACAAAAUGUUCUUGGAAGUACAGUUGCAAAAAACAAAAACUCUGAACACGGAGACAGAGUUAGCGAUAGUGUUAUAGCGCCACUAUCCGAUUCACUAGAAGAUACAUCAGAAGAUGAGGAGGUUAGAAAAAAUGUAUGGAGCGACGUGGACGACGAACUUUACAUAGCGAAUUUAAUCAAAGAGAGGACUUCAAAUGAAGUGAAACGCGACAAACGUGAUACUAGUGGUUAUUUAAGUGAUAGUGAUAUCAGUGAGAAGGUUGUGAGUAGUGUUAAGUUAGAUUACGCGAUGUGGGAGAUAGAACCCACGGAUUUGACGGAGUGCGACUGUCUUGGCCCUCCGCCGGAGUUCCUGCUGCCGCCGCCUCCUCGACCACCGUUCCUGCAGGCGGAGUAUUACUGCGGGGACGAUCCUAUUCCUGAUUUGGAGACUUGCGACACGGAACCAAAGAUAGACGCGUACAACCACAGCGGGCCGUCGCUGCAGACAUCGGCGGUGAUCGCGCUGUGCUCCAUCGUGCUCAUCGUUGGAGUCCUCAUAGGUGCCAUCCUUGUUUGGAAACACAAAAGGAAAGUAACCAACCUUCUGCCUUCAAAGUCCUCGGCCCCCACCCAGGGCAGUGGGUCCCAACGCCGGGCUCCACCUCCAGCACCUCUUUACGAAGACCUGCAGGACCUGCCAAGGAGGCCACCAUUACCACAUAGACCAGAACUGGAACCACAGUUGGAGAUGGUGGAAACGAAAAGACCAAACUGCCCAAGCCGAGUCUUCGUUUGCGGCUCAGGCGGCACGUGGCGAGGUGGGAACAGCUGUGGUGGCGACACCUGUGGGGCUCCUCUAUACGAAGAGUUACCCCACAGGUCAGACGACUCCCUACACAGUGACGACCACUUCGCCGAAGACGAACUCAGCCUCGUCGGCGAGGCAGCUCCAUGUCGAACCUGCUCAAGACCACCAGCCCCCCAGUCUCUUCCCCAUCGGCCUAGACAACAGCGAAUGGAUAGAAGACCCAAGUCUUUGGAAAGACGACGGGCACAACACAGAAUGCAGCGUCAUAUCCAUCCACCAGGACCGCCUGAUCCUACAGAGUUCCAUGAAGGUGUUCUUUUGGAUGCUCUAUUAAGAUUGUAUCCUCAAGUUGGAACGGUUGGAGCAAGGCCACAAGGCCCCCUGCCGAUGAGUGCGGGAGGUGCCUGGCCUGGCGGUGAAUUGCCAGGAAUUGCCUGUUGGAGAGGACCCCGGGCUUCACCGAAGCCUCCCAGUGGAGACUCCUCAUUUGGCUCGGAUUCCGGCUAUAGUAAUAAUACGUGCGGGACGUGCGGCACUCGGGCAUCGUCCAGACACCGAUUGUCUGCAGAGAUACCGAUGUCAUGAACAGACAUGUCGUGCUCUCGGCUACUGAUGUGACAGUCGUGCCAUAACACUUCCAGUGAAUAGUGACGAAGUGAAUAGUGUUGAAUCACGGUUAAUGUAAUCAAUUUUGCAUUUAGUAGUUUUACUUUGUCUUUCAUGGCCUAACUUAUUCAGCGGCCUCAAUUCUCUCAUGCCUUCCGAGACGGUGAACUUAAUCGUUGAAUAUUAGUUACUGUCGAAUAUUUAUGAACCUUAAACGUCUUAGGGACUACUUUUCUACACAAUUGUACAAAAUUUAUUGCUUGGUAGAGAGUCUGUCCCUCUAGAUUUUAGCGAUACGAUAUUUUGAUGAAAUCGUUAUUUUUAUUAGCUGGUAUAGCGAUGGUUUUGUACAAAAUUCAUGUGACCAUAUUUUUAGGUAGCUAUAGCGGUUUCGUCCUAGUAAGUUUCGAACUAGUCCUUAAAUUAUCACAAUAAUUGUGAAACCUAUCAGAUUAAUGAUUGAUCAUGUGUAAAAACUAUGGAAAGAUGAUGAUGUAAAUGAAUUUCUGAAUUUGUAGAUAAUGUACAAAAAUUGUAGUUAAAUGAAUUAUUUAAGAGUACUAAGUUGAAUUUUAUAAUCAUAUCAUAUUAAAGGUACCACUUUCCAUUCGAAUAUAUCACACAGAUAUUCUUUUGAAUACACACAGAUAUUCGAUAUUGUACUAUUUGAUUUUGUCAUUUGGUGCUAAAGUUAAUGUAUCGAAUUCCUAUCCGUCGAUUUGUUUUUACAGCUCUUAAAAGUAUUAAAGCUUGACUGCGUUUUGUUUAGCAUCCAUUUUAUUUAGUCCUCCAUUCUGCUUUUAUAUUUCUACUUUAACGUUUGUUCGCCAUCGUAAAAUUGAGCAUUUCGUUUGUAUUGUAAAUGGAAAAUAUUAUUCGGUCGUCAAAAAUGUUGUUUUUGUUUUUAUCUGUUUAUUUAAUUUAAGUGAAUAACUAUUUAUUUUUUAUUCGAUUUUAUUGUUUCAUUUUGUAUUAUAUCGAGAGUU